AUGCCCCGGGCUCUUUGGAAGGGGCCAUACUUUGACCUUAGACUCUUCAAGGCCAUACAGGAGGAUGCUGCUACAAAGAAAGGUGUCAUCACAUAUGCACGCUCGUCAACUGUCAUUCCUGCAUUUGUUGGUGCGAAACUCCUCGUGCACACGGGUCGGUCCUUCACCCCGCUCGUUGUGCGAGAAGAAAUGGUUGGACGCAAGCUUGGAGCACUUGUGCCAACAAUUACGCGCGGUGAGCCUCCAAAGUCCAAAGCGCAGAUCAAUCGUGAGGCUGCCCAGGCCGCAGCCGCUCGCCGCCGCGCCGCCGCCCAGGGCUCUGCUAACAAAUAG